AUGAGCUGGUUUGUCCCAGUCAGGACAUCCGACCUGAUUCCUGCUGAGAGGAUGUCAUUCCCCGAGGAAUGGAAUAUGAAUUGCCUCGGAGAUGUCGUUGCUAUGCGGCCGCCCCCGCCCGGUAAAGAAGAGAUCCCAAAGCCUUCCAAAGAAAAUAAAAGAAAGAGGGGGUCACCUGCAAAUUCUUCGAAGCCAAUGAAAAGCAAGGCUCGAAAGCCUAAGGCCGAUACUGUGGCCCUAUCUACAGAAACGGCCCAAUGCCUUCGGAGCGAGGAGGAAGAGAGGGAGGAUGACGACUGCCUGUUGGUAGUUCGAAAAAGAGGAAACACUGACGAUUCGAAGUAUGCCGAACCGAUGGUGGUUGAUGCGGUUCAUUCUAGGACUGAAGAAAUCUCCGACGGGAGCUCGAGAAAAAUCCUUAAGCCAUCGGGCAGCAAAAGAACACCUCGUCUUGGAGGUCAUUUAGAGGGUGAGACCGAGGGGCCUGGUCCCGAGACCCUUCAAAGAGAAGAGAAUGCCCCGAGUGGAACACUUGGGGUAAUUAACGUGGAUGAAUCGCCGCCUGCAUUUUCCAAGUCUCGAGCUGAGCUUGCUCGAUGUGAGGCUGGGCUCAAGAAGCUCUCGGAAGAGAGGGACGGCCUUAGGAUCCUCUAUGUCAAAAAGGAGGGGGAGAUCAGUGACCUUCGAGCCGAACUGGAGAAGGCUCGCUCAAAAAAGCGCAAGCUGGUGAAGCAGCUUCGAGAGGAGCUCAAAAUGAACGAGGCCGAGACCCUGGGGUGGAGACAAGGCAUGGACCGUCUCGCCUCGGAGAAAGAUACUCUUUGGGAGCAGCUGGCUUCAAUUGAACGCCAGCUUCAGAGUGUAAAGGAGGAGAGCCUGGCUCGAAGCCACAUAAUCGAGGAGCUCGAAGCUAAAUCUCCUGCUGAGCUUGCCAAGGCCAAAUCUGAUGCAGAGGCAUUUAUAUCUUCGUACCGAGCUGACGCUGAAGCAUCUAACACCCGAGCAAAGGAGAUCUCUGCUGUGGCCGAAGUUAAGCUAUCAUCUGCACUCGACCACGCCAAGCGACAGUCCCAGAAAGAAGCCCUCGAGGAGGUGCAUGCUCGCGGCUUCGACCUUUCAGCCGAUAUUGAAAAGGCAAAGACUUUGGAAGAAGAGGUUGCCGCUUUGCUUUCUGAUGAUGAGGAUUCAGCUAGUGGCUCCAAGAGCAGAGGAGACGAAGAUGAAGUCCCCGAGGAGGAGGUUCCCGAAGACGCGGCUCCCGAAGAUAUAGCUGCCGAAGAUGUGGCCCUAGAGUAG